AUGUACGAGACGACCAUGAUCGAGGCCUACGACUCCCUGGUCACAGGUAACGGCUACAACCAAGCCGAAGGUGGCCAGGGCUUCACCCCAGAGACGUUCCGUCUGAAGGCACUGCCCAAAUCCCCGUGGAAGACCAAAGGGGAGCAGAAGCGCGUGGAAGACGGCGAUCUGCCCAAGAACAUCCACUUCCACAAGACCGUGUGGGGCGAAGGCUAUCACGCGACCGGCAGGAAGGACGGGAAAGCCUAUAGCAGGUACUACAUGAGCAUCCACGAGACCAUUGAGUCGAAGCUCGAGAGGGCGAAGGCGUGGCUAGAGUAUUUCGAGCGCGAAGGAGUGCCGCCCGAAGAGGAGCCCGCCAAGCCUCCUACCAUUCCGGCAAAAAGGCAGCGCGGGGAGGAUGCGGAGCUUCCAAGGGGCAUAUCCAGCGUUCAUAACAACAGAAAGAAAGGUAUAGAGGAAGGCUAUACUGUAAAUUUCUACCAUAAAGCUCAACGCUACACGAGGCAGUUCGUCUCAGCGAGGCUUACGAUGGAGGAUAAGCUGGAUCUAGCGAAGGAGUGGCUCGAGAAGCGUAGCACAGAGACGCACAAGGAUCCGCACAGCGCUCUCCACAACGCCAUCGAUGCGAGCAUCACCGGCCUGCACGCGUUGCGCAGACACGCCAAGGGAGAGAUGAAGAGGCGGCUCGACGCCACAUUCAGAGACAUCCUGUCGUACUACCUGGCCAUGGGCCCGUAUCCCGAGGAGCUAGGCCUUUGA